UUUAUGGUAAGCAAUAUAGCGCAUCAACGAAUUCUUGUAGUCAGUAGUAGCAACUAAAUUAAUAUUUAAUCUAAAAAAAAUGUCGACUGCUUUAAAGCACAAUUAAAAUUUUUGCAUGCGGUAUCUUUAAUAAAUUAAUUUAUCAAAUUUUAUUGCCAGCAAAUUAAACUCGUGUAAACUCCAACUUGCGUCACGGACUACAUAGACUAGCCAACAUUUAUUAAAAACCUGUCCAUACAUACAUAUCACUUUGUGGACACAUUUCCAAUUACAACCUUAACUGCAUAUAGACCAGUUUUUAAAUUCGCAAUUUUCAGAAAAUGAAUUUGUUUCUGGUGGCCAUAUUUUCUACCAUAAUUUCCACAACGCACUCAAGUAAGGCAAAACUGGAUAUUUUGAAGGUGAGGAAUUGAGACGACUUCUUUGUUAGGAUUCAUCCCCAAGGAGAAAGUGCGAUUCAUAUCAAUUUACAAAAAUCUGCUGUGCCAGUUUUUCAUGAAAACUUUAAAAUUGUCUCAAUCCGAGGACGUGACGAUGCAGGGGGUGACAUUUACGAGGAUGUUACACCCCGUAAAGAUGCUUUAGAUGAAUUGGAGAACUCGAUUCUUCAAGAUGCCAAACAGAAUACGGUCGUUAAAAUUAAUCCGGAUGGGAAUUCUUUGCGCGGUAUGGUGAAUGGAAGGACGAUAAGCCAUGAUAACGACGGUGUGCAUGAAAUUGGAGAAAUUUCUGCCUUUGUGGAUACAAAUGCCGAUUAUGUAAAUAUUCCCGGAGAUGCACAAAAUUGGUUGAACCAAUCGAAUUUGAACACAAGGACAAUCGGGAUCCAAACCGUGGCUGUCGUUGAGCUCGUUUUGGUCAUAGAUUUUUCAAUUUUCACCCUUUUUAACGGCGAGAUUGGCACGAUUACGGAAUAUUAUGCGGUUUUCGUUAAGGGCGUGAACAAUCUGUUUGCGACAAAUGUGGAUCCAAAUAUUACUUUUCAAUUGGUGGGGAUUUAUGUGUUGGAGUCUCGAGAUGUCCAACCUUUCGUGGAAAACUAUAACAACUUUGAUGGAAGUUUCGACAUUCAUGGGAUUUUGAGAGAAUUUAGUACUUAUAUGACCACAAAUGCUGCCAAUUAUGUCGCCUAUGAUUCUGCAGCAUUAAUGAGUACAGAGAAUUUUGGAUCCAUCGGUGGAGUUGCGUGGCUCGGUGGGACAUGCAGCGACGGUUGGAAGGCAACAAUAAACCGAGACAGGAGAAGGACUUUCGACGGGGUCAGGAUUUUGGCGCAUGAAAUGGGACACAACCUCGGUUCGCCCCAUGAUGGUGACAGCACCUCGGCCGCUUGCCCUCUAUCGGACGGUUAUAUCAUGCACACUUCCGGCGGAAUGGACGAGAAUCGCUUCAAAUUUAGCGAGUGUAGUAAGGAUGCCAUGCGAAGUUAUAUCGAUUCGGAGGAAGGAUCGUGCCUAUUUGUAAAUAACGCUGUCGGGGAUCCUCUUCCCGUUCCGGACAAAAACCCGGGAGACAUUUUUAGCAUAGAAAUGUACUGCGUUCUUACGUACGGACCCGAUGCUACGGUCAAAGUUGCGAAUGAUAUGUGUGCCAGUAUGCAAUGCCGAUGGCCCGGACCUUGUCCAGAGCCUGAUGAAGCGUACACGUGUACUUGGAGCGGUACUAACUUUCAACCCGCGCCAGAUGGCGCAUCUUGCGGUGAAGCUGACGCGGGGACGAUAUGCUUCCUGGGGAAAUGUGUGACCUUGGCUGACCUACCAACUACCACGACUACGUUGGCACCCCUCACCUCGACCACGUUAAGGAGCACGACCACUCCAAUUCCUGGAUUUGUUUGCGAAGCUGACGGGAUAUUUCAUUAUCCACUAAAUUGUUCACAAUAUAUCAGGUGUAUCACGAUUUUUGGGAAAAUGUAUUCCUAUUUGUACACAUGUCCGGCAAAUUAUAUAUUUAAUCCGAGCAACAGUCUCUGUUCAAGAGGCGUGUGCUCAUAAGAAAGAGAUUUACUGGGGAAGUGUGAAACAAUAAAAUCGCAAAACUAAUUUUGAGUACAAUACAA